GUGCAUAUUGCGGAAACGGAAAUGAGCAUGCCAGAGACUGCGGAUCUGGAAUCUCGUUGACGCAUCUGCAGCUACUGCCGCGCUCCUCUAGGUAGGCCGUGCUCGGGGAUCGGCCCUCGACCUCGGCCAUUCGGCCUCCCGACCCGGGACUCCUCCCAGCAUCGAGUUCGCUAUCCUCCGUGACCACGCCCUUCGCCCUGAUUGCUCCUGCACCCCUCUGGUGCAGUCCCGGGAGGUGGGGCAAGGCAGCCACCCUCCUGCAGGUGGAGCUGGGUGGAGGCUCUUCCUGAGCCCAGCCGCAGGACGCUGAGCACCAGCGAGAUUCACAGAAUCAAUUAUGGGGGUGAGAGGUUUACAGGGUUUUGUGGGAAGUACCUGCCCACAAAUAUGUACAGUAGUAAAUAUCCAAGAGCUAGCAGAGCACCACCGAACCAAGUACCCUGGGUGUACUCCUACCAUUGUGGUGGAUGCCAUGUGCUGUCUCCGAUACUGGUACACACCAGAAUCUUGGGUCUGCGGUGGCCAGUGGCGAGAAUACUUUGCUGCAUUAAGAGAUUUUGUAGCAGCCUUCACAUCUGCUGGCAUCAAGCUGAUAUUCUUCUUUGAUGGCAUGGUGGAGCCGGGUAAGAGAGAUGAGUGGGUAAAACGAAGACUUAAAAACAACAGGGAGAUAUCCAAGAUUUUCCACCAUAUCAAGUCAAAAAGAGAUGAGCCAGGCAGAAACAUGUUCUUCAUUCCCUCCGGGCUGGCCAUAUUUACACGAUUUGCCCUAAAGACUUUGGGCCAGGAAACUUUCUGUUCGUUACAGGAGGCAGACUAUGAGGUAGCUUCUUAUGGUCUCCAGCACAACUGCAUUGGGAUCCUUGGAGAAGACACAGAUUACUUAAUUUAUGACACUUGUCCCUACUUGUCAAUUGGUGACCUCUGCCUGGAGACCCUGGAAACCAUCAUGCUCUGUCGAGAGAAGCUCUGUGAGAGCCUAGGCCUCCAUGUGGCAGACCUUCCUCUGCUAGCCUGUCUGCUGGGCAACGACAUCACCCCAGAGGGCAUGUUUGAAAGCUUUCGGUACAAGUGCUUGUCCUCGUAUGCCUCCGUGAAAGAGAACGCUGGCAAAAAAGGAAAUAUUAUCUUAGCUGUCUCAGACUAUAUCUCCAAAGUUCUUCACUUGCAUCAAGGUGAGAAAAAGAUAGAAGAGAUGUUACCCUUGGGGCCAAACAAAGCUCUUUUUUACAAAGGAGUGGCCUCAUAUCUUUUGCCAGGGCAGAUAUCUCCGUGGCUAGUUCAAAAACCCAAAGUCAUAAUAACAGACAAGCAAGUGGCAAGUUUAAACCCUGAAUCCAAGCAAGAAGUUCCUAUGUGUAUAGAUCCAGAAUCGAAGCCAGAAGUUCCCGUGUGUACUAAUUCGGAGUCUGUGCAAGAAGUUCCCAUGUGCACAGACCCUGAAUCCAAACAAGAAAUUCCCAUGUGCACAGACCCUGAGUCCAAACAAGUUCCCAUGUGCACAGUCCCUGAGUCCAAACAAGUUCCCAUGUGCACAGUCCCUGAGUCCAAACAAGUUCCCAUGUGCACAGUCCCUGAGUCCAAACAAGUUCCCAUGUGCACAGUCCCUGAGUCCAAACAAGUCCCCAUGUGCACAGAUCCUGAAUCCAAACAAGAAGUUUCCAUAUAUGCAUACCCAGAGGUCAAGCAAAAGUUACCUUCAGAAGCAGAGGCUCCACUUAAUCUAGAAGCAUUCAUGUGUAUGCACCCUGAAAUUAAACAGGAAGACACCAUGGAUAUAGAACCUGAGAUAAAACAAGUAACCAUGCUUCCAGACUCUGAAAUCUUAAAGGUUGCCAGGAUGCAUCAUGUCCACUCUGAGAGCUACCUAGUAUACAACAUUAUGAGCAAUGGAGAGAUCGAGUGCAGCAACACCCUGGAGGAUGAGCUGGACCAAGCCCUGCCCAGCCAAGCCUUCAUCUACCGCCCAAUCCGGCAGCGAGUGUACUCGCUUCUGCUUGGGGACUGGAAAGAUGGAACCAGCACCGGUCCGGUGGUCAAGGAGUGGUUUGUGUAUCCUGGGAACUCCCUGAGGCACCCAGACCUUGUUAGGCCUCUGCAGAUGACCCUUCAAGGGGGAACACCUAGUUUGGAAGUUUUGUGGCUGAGCCAAGACCCAGCAGCGCAGGCCCGGCGCCUAGACUCAUUGCUAGCCUGCUUCAACCUCUCCUCCUCAAAAGAAGAGCUGCAGGCAAUUGAAAGCCCAUUGAGGGCACUGUGCUGCCUCCUAAUCUACCUCUUUGUCCAGGUGGACACUCUUUCCCUGGAAGAUUUGCAUGCAUUUAUUGCUCAGGCCUUGUGCCUCCAAGGAAAAUCAACCUCACAGCUUAUGAACCUACAGGAGGCAGACAGUAUGAGCACGACCAGUGGAGAAGAUACUAGAUGUCUCGAAGGAAGUGUGGGAAGAAGAUGCGUUGCCCAGGUUCUUCCCUCUUUCAGAGUGAUAUCACCUAGCCUCACCAGUGAGGAGAGAGAUGGCAGCUGGAACCAUACUUCCAUGAAGGAAGAAUUACUUUUCAGAGGUUUCUCCCCCAUGGACUGUAAAAAAUGUCCACUGGUUUGUUUUCAGAGGAUGCUUCUGACCCCAUGACCCAGAAACCCUCAUCACUAGCAUGACAUAUGCUCCCUGAUCUUAGCUGGGCUCCAAUUUUUUUCUUAUUCUUAAAUUGUAGAAAUGUUUUCCCAAAUCGUUAGUCUUUGAAAUCAUGGAGUCUUACUUAUUUCUGUUACUGUGAAAAGACACCAUGACCAAAGAAACUUACAAAACGAUGCAUUUAAUUUGGGGCUCAAGGUUCCAGAGUGUAGAGCCCAUGGCCAUCAUGUCAGGGAACAUGGUGGCAGGCAGGCUAAUGAGGACUUGCUACAUGGGAAUGGCUCAGGAUUUUGAAAAUUCAAAGCCCACCCCCAUUGACACACCUCCUCCAGCAAGGCCACACCUCCCCUAGCAUGGCCACACCUAAUCCUUUCCACCAACUGAAGACCAAGCAUUCAAACAUAUUAGCUUAUGUGGGUCAUUCUCAUUCAGACCAUCACACAUACAUACAGUCUGUCAGAAAUUACUCUUUCAUUAGAAAUUCUAACAAUUCAGUAGUCCAACUAUUUCUUUUCUUUUCUUGGUCCUCACAAGUGUUUGGAUAGGAAAAGAAAAACAAAACUAAAGUCUUUCUUGCUUGUGGGAAAGUUGGUUCUGCUUAGAGGUGAAAUGGCUGGACAGUUAAGAACAGCGCCCAGCGGUUCUUCCAGAGAACCCAGGUGUGAUUCCCAGCACACACAUGAUAGCUUACAGCUGCCUGUAACUCCAGUUCCAAGGGACCUAAAGUCUUUUGGCCUCUGUGGGCUCCAGGCACACAAGUGAUGCACAGACAUGCACGCAGGCAAAACACUCAUAAAGAUGAAAUAAAAAAAAGUAAAAUAAAUUUUUUUACAGAAGCACACUGGGUUAGGCCUAGAAGUAAGGUCCUCCCGCUUUAACCUUUGAAGUUAUUAUCUGUCUCCACUGGGGAAUGAGGGUCACUGUGUGCAGGGUCCUUACAGCCACGCUGUAUCUCUGGGGACACUUGGUUCCCUUGGGAGAUGCAAGCACUCCUGACCCCUGGGAGAUCUAUCUUGCCAGUGCUGCUGUCUUUAAAUUUGUAGUAAGCCUCUAAAAAUGCUCAUUUUCACCUUCACACUGGGAAUUACCCAGACCACUGUCCCAAGUGUGCUAUGCAAAGCUCUUGGGUCUCACCUUGAAAUUCUCAAUUGUUACCAGAAAGGUAUAUAGUGCCCACAUUUGAACAAUUUGUAUUUGUUCGGCUCCUUCUGCUCCUGAAGGACUUGUGCGUACUGUGUCUGCCGGUCUUGUAGCUGCUAUGACUUUAAUGCCUAGAUGUGGAAAUGGCUUUUCUGCUCCUCCAGUAUUUCCCUCUGAUACUUUUUCCUGUCCUUCUCAUGUUUGCUACUUUGAAAUAUUGCUGCCUCUAGAAGUUGUUUCUUUGCUAUUUACUUGUGUAACUUUGAAGUAGUUUCUGAUCUUAGACUGAAACUGUGUUUCUAUGAAGGCUCUUUUCCCUCACAGACUCAGUAUUCUGACUUGUCAAUAAAAUGUGUCAUUCACAAGCUUAAAUAAGCCAUUGUAUUGGUAGGAUAGGUAUCUCAUUUAAAAUACCAGUGUGCAGAGCUUUGCCAAUGAGAAUAUCACUUAUGUUGUUUUCCAGUCAAGUCUUGUGGUAGAAUUUCCACAUAUCAAUUUAAAAUAAAAAUAUGGUUUUUACCCAUACUUUA